AUGCAUGAGUCUCGGUCAGAACCAACAAGCUACAACAUUCAAGCAAGUCAGUCAGAGAACGGAAAUCCUGCUGAGAAUGACGGUCGGCUGAGCCAGACUCCUCCUCCAGAGGCACCCAGGUGCCCAGACAGACUUUUCAAUGGAGACUAUCAGGUCCCAGUGUCAUUGUCCAUGAUGACCCCACCAGCAGAGGCUCCGCAGCAGCUGCAGCAGACACAACAGCAGCAGCAGGUCCUCACUCCUCAGCAGAUCCAAGCUCUGUUCCAGCAACAGAAAGCACUCAUGUUACACCAGCAACAAAUUCAAGAGGUCUUUAAGAAUCAGCAAGAGCAGCUAAACCUGCAGCUGCUGCAGCAGAAGAACGCUGGGAUGGUCAGCCAGGAGCUGACAGCCCAGCAGAUCGCCAUCCAGCAGCAGCUUCUUCAAGUGCAGCAGCAGCAUCUCCUCAACCUGCAGAGGCAGGGCCUGCUGUCUGUGCUGCCCACCAGCCCGCCUGCAGCCCCAGGCAGUGAGAAUGGUAGCAUCCUGUCCUCUGGUGGAGAAACCAGAGAGUCUUCCAUUCAGCAGUCCUCUGCUAAUGGCCACCAAACACUUCUGAAAAGGAAAGACAGUGGGCCAGCGGAGGAGAGCACGCAGAACAGCCAUCCCCUGUAUGGAAACGGCAUGUGUAAAUGGCCGGGAUGUGAGACGGUCUUCGGAGACUUCCAGGCAUUUCUCAAACAUUUGAAUAGUGAACACACACUGGAUGACAAGAGCACGGCACAAUGCCGUGUGCAGAUGCAGGUGGUUCAGCAGCUGGAGCUGCAGCUGAAGAAGGACAAAGAGCGACUGCAGGCGAUGAUGGCUCACCUCAAGUCGUCUGAACCCAAACCUGCCGCGCAGCCCGUGAAUCUGGUGUCUAAUGUGUCUUUCUCCCAGACAACAUUGCCCAAAGGCCCUCCUCCUAUGAGCCUGUCUCAGAGCGCCACGACACCCUCCACGCCCCUGACGCCGCUGUCUGAAUCCCCCUCUGUCCUCACUCCCAAUAGCAUGUUCACUGGAACCCCCGUACGGAGGAGAUAUAGCCGCUCUGUGAGCCAAGACAUAAUCGAUAAUAAGGAGUUCUACCUGAGCACAGAAGUUCGACCUCCAUUUACGUAUGCCUCUCUCAUAAGACAGGCCAUAUUUGAAUCGCCUCGCAAUCAGCUGACGUUAAAUGAAAUCUACAACUGGUUCACGAGAAACUUCGCCUAUUUCAGACGCAACGCCGCCACCUGGAAGAACGCCGUCAGACACAAUCUCAGCCUCCACAAAUGCUUUGUACGUUUGGAGAACGUAAAGGGAGCCGUGUGGACCGUGGACGAGAUCGAGUUCCACAGGCGGCGGCCCCAGAAAGCCGCGGGGAACGGGUCGCUGCUGAAGAACUCCCAGAACCGCCAAGGGUUAUUGGGGUCCGGACUUCAGAGUGGCGGCAUUGAUUGCAGCAGCUCCUUCUACAGCCCGGCCUCCAUGGGCAGCAUCCCGCUGCACUCCCUGCCUCACAUCCUCCAGGAGCAGAUGAACGGAGCGCUGGCCAACGGGUCCGGAUACCAAAGCGACAGCAGCGCGACGCAGUCGCCCCCACAGGCUUUCAUUAAAGAAGAGCAGGAGGACGAGGAGAUAUGUGAGAAUUAUCCCUACGAGUCCCCGGAGAGCACAGAUGAGCACGGCCACAGUCCGGACAUGAACGCCGACGAGGAGCAGUGCAGCCCGGAGAGGCCCAGCCUGCACCUGGACCGCGUGCCUUCCCUCUGACCGCCAGGUCCAAGCAGCCCGGCGCCACUCACAGCUCGUGUGACUCUGUAUUCCAAAACAACAGCUUCAUCUACGUAACCAAACACUCUGUUCUUGGGGAUUUUGUUUUUCUUCUUUUUUUAGUUUUGUUUUGUAUUUAUCAGCAUUUUCCUUUAUUUUUUGUUAUUAAUCUUGCUCUCCAUUCUUUUUUGUACAGUUGCGUGAAAUCACACACACAAAAGAAAAAUCAGAACACAUACGUGAAGAUGUCUGCUUGUGAUUUUUACUUCUUCUUUUUUUUUUUUUUCCUCAUUUUUCUAUGAAUUUACACAAAAGGACCAUGAUGAGAAGCCAAAGUAAAGGGAACACUGAUAGUUAGCACUUCACAAUGGAAGUAUCCCCCUCUUCUCUGCGGGGGGCCACACUACCUACUUUUAUUUUAGUAGUCAUAAUAUAUAUAUUAAAUAAAAUAAAAAAAUUAAUAAAAAUCUUAGAGGAGGUAAAGAAGUGAGUUGCUUUAAAAAUGAAGAUGUUCACUGCCAACAUGAUCUGAUAUAUUUGUAUUUAAAGGUAUAAUCAAUUGAUGAAGAGAAUCUGUAGCUUCUUUCUACUUGUUGGUCUUUUUCACCCCUCCCAUGGACAUUUGCUGAAAUUCGCUCUAACUGAGCUUGUAAAAGUAGAUACUAUAGAUUAACAUUAUUGUAAACCAAUGCAUCUCUAUAAAUAAUAAAUUCCUCAUGAUAUAUGUUAA